AUGAGCAAAAAAAAGUCCUACUGGAAGAACUCUCAGUGGAGAAAAGACUCAAAGCCACUCUUCCAACGCUUCGCUGUUAUCCGUGGCAUUCGGCACCACGAUGAUUUCGCCCACUUGUUACGCGGCGUCGUACCGGAGUUCACUCGUGCACUCAACGCGCGUGCAAUUAUGAGCGGAGUGAUCCCGGAUAUGAACGACUCCCCUGAGAUACCCUAUUGCAUCUGGUAUCCGGAACCGCCGUCCCAGGAGACCCUUCGAAAUUUGGUGAAGCGUUAUCCCGACAUGAUUUAUCACGCUGCUCGCUCCUGUGCCGUGGCGGGAUACUCUGAUCUUUACUCGCAGCUUCAGGUUCUCCCCGAGAUUCAUGUUGCUGCCGAGGCUCGCGACGCUAGCCUAGCAAGGAAGAACAGAGGCAGCGAGGCAAUAUACCAGCAAAUAAAGACAACCUGA